GUGGUGGGGGCGUCAUCAUUGGGGGCGCUCGGUUCCACAAGCGCUUUCCAUUCUUUCUGCAUCGGCUGAGCCGUUUUUCAGUUUCGAAAGGAUCCUAGACGAUUGCCUUUUACAGACUUGCUAGCAGAUUAGUUGCUUGGGUUACAGCAUCGUUGCCCGGCGGACAACUAUGGCUAAACUCGUUUGUGUCUCAGACUACCAACUGUACGCCGAAGAAACGCUGCCAAGACCCAUACUUCAGUAUUUCAACAGUGGAGCCAACUAUGAGCAAACAUACCGAGAUAAUGAGCUCGCCUUCCAAAGGUAUACAUUUCGGCCACGUUAUAUGCAAAAUGUGUCCACCCAUAACUUGAGCACUUCUCUGCUGGGAAAUGAUGUUACAUGCCCCAUAGGGGUGUCACCCAUGUCAAUGUGUCGCCUUGCCCAUCCAGAUGGAGAGAUCGCGUUGGCAAAAGCUUGUGAGGCAGUUGGUGCAUGCAUGACUCUGUCCAUGACAGCUACAACAAGUGUUGAGGAGAUUGGAUCUCAAGUGCUUGGAUGUCUGAGAUGGUUCCAGGUACAUAUUCUCCGUGAUCGUGAAAUGACUUACCGCAUGGUCCAACGUGCAGAACAAGCUGGCUUCAAAGCCUUGGUAUUGACUGUGGACUGUGCUGUUCAUGGAAAACGGUAUAAGGAUCUCCGCAAUCAGUUUGCUCUGCCUCCCCAUUUCAAGCUGGCUAAUUUUGAGGAGGAGUUAAAACGCAUUCAAAGUUCAAUAAAAAUGGAAGAGUCACUUCUAGAAUGGGGUCAGUUUGUUAACCAAGCAUUUAGUCCAUCCCACACCUGGCAGGAUCUUACAUGGUUGAAGAGGGUCACAUCUCUACCUAUCAUAGCUAAAGGUGUGCUCACAGGUGCAGAUGCUGAAGCUGCUAUUCAGCAUGGUGCUAAUGCUGUAUGGGUUUCAAACCAUGGAGGCCGAGAACUUGACUGCUUACCUGCUUCAAUUGAUGCUUUAGACGAGGUGUCGCAGGCUGUCAAUAGACAAGUGGAAGUGUACUUGGAUGGGGGAGUAAGAAGUGGAUUGGAUGUUCUUAAGGCCUUGGCUCGAGGUGCUCAUGCAGUCUUUUGUGGACGCCCAGCCUUAUGGGGCCUUGUACACAAUGGUACAGAAGGAGCAAAGCAUGUGCUUGAUAUUCUUCAGGAUGAGCUCAGUGUGGGAAUGGCACUAGCAGGUGUAACAGAUGUCAAGAAUAUACCUCAUGAUCUGGUGGUGCACAAGACGUUCUACACAUCUAAACUCUGAAAGUAGCCAUCACAGGAUAUUCUGCACUACUCAGCUAACAAAUGGUAGCCAGGAUCUCCACAAAUCCUGGAGGAUUUUGCAUGGUAUGAAAGAACUCUGUUAAAUUUGUUCCCUUGUAAGUCCUAGAAAUGUGCAAAUGUCCAGUCCACCAGACUGCUUUUGGUUUGGUAUUUCGGUGUGUCUCUCACACACAGAGCAUAUGACAUGACAAAAAUACAUGACUGGCAGCAUUCAAUGUUUCGUUCGAAUUCCACAAAUGGUCACUUGCACAGCCCAAUUCCUCUUUUGAUCUAUACUGUAAGCAAGCAGAAUGCUAACAGCUUUUCGAAGGGACAUCACCACAAGUCAUAGGUACCAAGUGAAAUGCAGUAUUAAUGAGAAAUAGAUUGGUAGCAUUGUUACUGAUUAACCUGAAUAAAAAAUAUUAUUUUAAAUUCAUGGGGCUUUUUCAUAGUCUUCAUGAUAAUACUAAUUCCUCAACUAGAAGCUUAUCAUCAUCAUCAUCAUCAUAAUUCUUGGAUGUGUUUUGGAAAUUAAAGAAAUCGGCCGACUGUCACACUUUACAAUGCUUCCAUUAAAAGCAACAGAAGUUAAAAAUUUUAUUACAAUGCAGCACAUAAUGUUAAUGUUGAAUUAAUCUGUGCAGAACUCAUAAUUUGGUGUUACACUUAAGGAAGAAUUCAAACAAUCUUCAACCUUAACUCAGUCACACUUCUCAUCUGGUGUAGGAGGCUUAACAAUUAUUUUUAUUCCCAGUUUUUUUUUUUUUUUAAUAGAAAGGUGUGGUCAAAAAAUGUUAAUGUCUCAGUGGAUGGUAAGCUCACUAGAUUUUAAAAAACUACACCUGGACUACGAGUCUUGUCAUGGUUGCCAAAAAUGCAGAUUUUUGUAAUAGUAUGCAAGGGGGUUCGUCGCACAAAAAUUGUAGCAGUCAAAGCUCCGAUAUGACCAAAUACUGUCUGACUUGAAUCCGACUAGAGUCUGUCACUCAUAUCCUGAAAAAUGCUCCAGUUAAUUUUUUGCCAUCUCUGCUGUUGAAAGGCAUGCAAAUGUACCUACAAUUGGAUAGUGUGUGAGUUUUGCCUUACAGUGUCCCAACCAAUACACCUUUCUCCACUAUCUUUCUGUUUUUCUUGACUUAUAUCAAGCUUGCACUCCUUCUGCUAAACAGCACUGAAAUGGAAAAUGUUGAAAUAAAUUCUGUUCAAAAAUAAGCUGACUCCUUAAGCAUACCAGUCCUCUUCUUUAAUGAACUUUACAGGCGCAGAAAAAAAAUAAUUGUUGUUUCACGAAAGACAUAAAUUCCACACACCAUUCCCACAUGCAGCUGACAGAGACAGCUGUCAUACACACUACUAUUUUACAGACUGCACUCUUUCACUCUCGCAGCAGUCAACACCUUUUUCCAACAAAUUACACUCAGUAGUGCAUGGUCAUUCUCACAUGGACAUCGAGAUUGCUCGUUGCACAACCCCCUUCCUUCCCUGUGCACUUUUGCACUUGGAAACUGGGUCAGCGAAAUGGUUUGCACCAGGUGGUCUGAACUCGUUUGAACAUAGGCAGCAAAUAAAGUUUAAGAUGGAAAAGGUUUUCCACAAUGCACUAUGGGAACCUCGUCAAUCUUACAGUUAGCCAUCCUCUCUUGUUAAAAGAGAUGAAAAAGUGUGCUAAAUAGUCACAGCAGUGCUGGAGCAUUUAGUGGUCCUUCACACGAUGUGUAAUGGUUACUUCAAAUGUAACAAAAUAAUGUUAAAAUACACACAUAAAUAUUACACAUGCAAAUACAUAUAAAUGACAUAAAACCACUUCAGUGCAAAAAGACGGUUAAAUCACUAUCUGAUAAUAAGAAGCAUCUACUAUGCCAAUCCAUGAACGAACAUACCAUGUAUAUUAACUGUGGAGCAUGGCAGUGGCACUUUUUAAAAUGUUUUAGUUUUCCUCUUGGAAACACUUCUUGGAAGUGAGAAUAAAGUAAAGAACAGUGCAAAGUCAUUUGCAAAUAUCCUCACUCACAUGGGAGCAGCCAUCUUUGCUCCAUCGACUAUAGGUUAGGCAACUGAAGAAACAGAAACUAGAUUACUGAUGAACAUAAAACCAGUUUAUGGCUGAACUAAGUUUAGACUUGGCAGAUCAUCCGGUUCAAGUUCUUCAGCAACUCAUAUCAAUAACUUUGUUUGCUCACUUUUAAUGACAACCAUUAUUUCUGUGGGUUUGAUUAUUUUAAUAAGACAGAUGAAUAAUGAUCGCACUUACUUUUUUCAAUUUUACCACAAAUAUUAAAAAUAAGUUUACUUGUGUUUUUAAGUUUUCAACAAGUAACAUUCCCUCUACAUAAUUCAUGACAAGGAAGAAGGGAACCAUUUAUAAAAUAAUUUUUAAAAAGCAUGACAACAGUUAUAAAAACACAUGCUAACAAAUGUCUCUACACAGGACACAACCUCAGAGAUUUCAAAAUACAACAGGCUUCCUAUAGUGUUUGUCAAAAUAAUGACUAGGACAAGUGACCCAACGACUUGUAUUAUGACAUGGUCACAUCACUGUGGAUUACUGUAUUGUCACAAUAUUUUAUUUUUUUUAACAUCAGCCAUUUUAAAACAUGUAAAAUCUUAAAGCAUUCAAGACUUAAGAAGCAGGUAUGGUUCAUUUCCUUAAAAUAGAUCAGCAUGACUUUGAAGAGGAGGUUUUUGAGCACUUUAACAUGACAUAUAAUGUAAAGUGUAUUAACACAAAAGCUUGUACACAAAUUUUGAAUUAAAUGGUGUUUAUAAAUGAGCUUUUACAACAGGCAUUGCAC